AUGAGUUGGGAUUUCAGGGCUCUAGGCGCUCCGCAUCCCUCGUACGGAUUUAGUGGAAUAGUGGGAGAAGUGGUCCUUCAAGCUAAGCAUGUGCUGGUAAUGUCUGCCUUUAAUAAGGUCAAAGCGUCUGCUUUUAAUAAGGCAAAAGUGUUAGGUGGAAGGGAUAGAAUGUCAAUGACUGAGAUAGACAAUAUGGUGAGGGAGUUAGGCUAUGAUGAGCUUAAUGAUGAUCAAGAUGUCAUAGACAUACUUGUAUUUGUACUAGAGACAAGGCUAAUAGACAUCUUCCUAUAUCAUGGGGUUGAUGGUAAUGAGGAAGCUGAUAUUAUGCCUAACAAAGGAGUUGUGAUUGAGGAGCUUGAUGACAAUUAUGAGGCUAUUGUUCCUGUUGAAGAGCUCAAUGAAGACCCAAAUGGGGAACAAAGUGGUGGGGGUACAGAAAAGCCAAGGGAAUCUUGUGCAAGACAGGGUGUUUCUGAAAAAGGCAAAGAAAAAGCAGUAGAGAGGGAAUCUUCUGCAGUGCAAAAAGACAAAGAAAAAGUUGUUGAGAGGGAAUCUUCUGCCACUGUAGACAAAGGGAAAAGUAAAGUCAGUUAUGUUUUUGGGAAAAGGAAGGCAAGAGCUUUUGGAAAAAGGAGGUGCAAAAAUGUAAAAAAGACACGUGAUAAAGAAGACCAAAGGUCCAAUACAGUGAUUAAGGGAGUAGUUGAGAAAGAGGUUGUUGAAGGAAGUGUAGAAAAGAGCAAGUUAUCAAGAUGUCAUCCAAUGAAGACAAGAAAAGCAAGAAACAGGACCACAGUAUGUGAUGAUGAGAAGGAGUCAGCAGACAGUCUUGACUCUGAUUUUGCAAACCCUAACUUCAGUUGUGAUGAUAAUGAUGAUGAUGUCGAUUUUCAUGAAUGGGUGGACAAACAAAGUGAGUGGGUUGGAGAUGGGGCAAAAGGAAAAGAGCCAUAA